UCACUCUCCACAAGAACAACUGCACAAGAGCAGCAGUGACAACAAAGAGAGUAGAAGACCAUAACCUGAAGUCUGCAGUUUGUUGUUAAAUUUUCUAAAGAUCUUUAUCCAACAAAACAAAAACAAAAAUGAAGACCCAAAUGAUUGCUUGCCUUAUGGUGCUCCUUGUUUUCUUGACAACAAGUGAAGGAAUGAGUCUGGGGGUUGAGCUGCACUGCCGCUGCAUCCAAACAGAGAGCAAACCCAUUCUCCGUCAUAUAGAGAAAGUUGAGCUCUUUCCUGCUAACUCUCAUUGCGAGGAGGCUGAAGUCAUUGCUACACUAAAAAGGACUGGCCACGAGGUGUGCCUUGACCCUGAGGCUCCCUGGGUGAAGAAGCUCAUUCAGAGGAUUUUGACAAGCCAAACACGUUGAACCUGUGUGAAUUAAUCUACUUCUUUCAUUGCACAAAAGAGACUUUCUGUCACUUGAUGAAGGGAAAGACACCCAAGGCGCUUAACAGUACAUUAUUUAUUUAUUUAUUUAUUCACUCCACACUCUUUGGUGGUAUUGUAGCCACAGCUGCCCUGGGUCCGACUGACGGAAGUGAGGCUGCCAUCAACUACUCUGACCACCACCAGCACCAACACACACCACAUUCUUUCUGGGUAGUGUGGAUGAAGGGCCUUGCCAAAGGACACAACAGCAGUUUUUGCCACCGGUGACCCACUGCGGUACCUAAUAUACCUAGUGGUCUCUCAUCCAAGUACUAACCAGGCCCGGCCCUGCGAGGUCAGGCUUUGACAAACCGCUAUGGCCAGAAUGUCACAAAGCCAAUGUAUCAAACAAGCUGGUCUUGUCUGUUCUGGAAAAAAAAAAAUAGAAAUUUUAAAAUGUAUUUAUUUAUUUUUUAGGAAACUGGUAUUAUAGCCUAUUUAUUUGAAUGUAUUUAUAGUAAAAUGCGUUGUGUAAAUACUUGCUGAUUGUUUAAUAAAAUGUGUAAAGUGA